UGAUUUUAGUCGCAAAAUGAUUUUUACUUUUAAUUCAGUGUUUUUGUUGUAUACCCGGAAGGUGACGUUGUUAUGGGAUUUAUAAACAACCUAUUUAAAGAAGGGUAAUGUAUGAUUGCAAAAAUAUCAAGCGAUAAUACUUCAUUCCAUGACUGAAAUUGGAUCAGUCUACAAGAUCACAACUCGUGAGAUCAUUAAAAAAAAUCUAACAUUGGUAAUUUGGAUAGUGCAAAUGUAUGCACACUGCCUAAGCAAUGGCAACUAAAAACACACUACCGAAGAAAAUCACACCAGGGAGAAGUACAAACCCAACGAACGCACCUGCAGUUUCUCAACCAGUGGAAGAAAAUGAUAAUGAUUUUAUAAAGGAUUUGUAUAAUUACCAUAUGAAACAAGCUGACGAUGAAAUUGAGACCUUGAGGAAACAGCUACGGAUGAAAACUAAAUCACAAAUUGAAUCUGCUGCUGAAAUUGAACGACUAAAGUAUGAGUUGACAAAACUACAAGAAGCUACGGCAAAACCUGGGAAAGAGCAGGAGACGAUAAAUCAUCUCUUAAGAGCCAAGGAAGAGCAUCACCUAACACUAUUGGAUAUUAUUGCUGAAAACCAACGAUUACUGAAAUGGAACACGAAACUUAAGGAAAAGCAACGGGCCAGCAGAUGGUGGAUUGUACACGACUCCGUGAAUCAUAGUCAUGAACAGCAUUUCAAAAAUUCUUCAACGGAAGAAGAUGACCAACAUGCACGAGAAGAAACUGAAGGAAUAGAGCGUCGACUGCAACAUAAUCUACAAGAAAUGGAAGACAAAGAGAAAGAACUCUUGCAGUUGGAGGCCGAAACACAGGAGCUAACAGAGCAACUGGAACAUGCACAACACCCUGAAAACCAACCAGAAGAUACUGAUGGAAAACUUGGCGAGUUGACAAGUGCUAAUUCGAUCGAGGAGAGUCAUAAUGUUGCUGAUCUAUAUGAUAAAAACUGUCCAAAAGAUUUAGCAGACAAUUUCUCAGAAACUUAUGAGAAUGAGUGGGCUGACGCCUUAAUAGAAUUGACCGAUCAGAAAAGUUACGCAGAAGAAGAAGCAAUUCGAAUUCUUUUUGAUAUAUUUCAGGAUGCAUAUGGGUUUUCUAACAAGCAAGUAGCAAUGUAUUUUAAUUCAGUGUCUGAAGGAAUGAAAGUAUUUGGACUCGACAAUCAUGAGAAAUGGCCUCUUGGGGUGACAAAGCUUGUCAAAGACCAAAUGAAAUCCCUUUCAGUAUUAGUUGCUGGGAAUGUCAGUAAGGAAUUCCUGAAAAAUCAAAAUGAAAAUUAUGGCAACGCAACAUCCAUUUACGCAGAGGCAUGUGCAGAGUUAUGUUUGUUCAUGUGUGUGCAAAGUCCUGCAUUCUUUCUUGACUUUAGCACUCCAAAAGGAAAAUUUGAUAAGGAAAAGUUUACAGUUUACACAAAGUCUGGAGAUGAAUACGCAUUCCCUGUUUGGCCUCCUCUCUACCUUUACAAAGAGGGCCCCAUGAUUGGAAAGGGCAUAGCUCAAGGAUUAUAAUAACUUAGGAUUGGAUAAAAAAAUGUUUCGACAGAUGUAGUAUUGAUAUGAAUUGUAACAAUUCGUAUCGCAUUAUUAGUAUGUGAACCCUGAAAGCGGUUAAAAUCUUUGAUUUUUUUCACAUUAGUGAUAUUGAAAGGCAAAUAUUGACCAAGUCAUUUAAAUCAAAAUCCAUGUCAUUAGCCAUCUUUUGAACAAUGAUGAAAGUUGGGAUUAAAGCCGUGCAUAUUGUCUAUCAUAGAAUUGUAUAUCGUACAAUCAAUUCAAAGUCGAUUGAACUCCAUCCUAUAUAUUGCUUUGUAUUUUCACGAAUCGAUAAGUCAGACUAAGCAGGGCGAUGUUAAAAGGUUACGAAGAAGUUGGUUUAUUGGAAGUGCUAUUAAGUCAAUGAAUAUGUAAGGUAGGGCACGUUUAUUAAAUAAUUUUUUAUAUAAUUUUUGUCUGUUAAUUGACUAAGUACGUUUUUUUCCCUCUUUUUGUUUUGAUAUCGAAAUUAAAUUUAAGUUUUCUUUAAAUGUAUGACUUUAAAUGGACUUUUGUUACAAUUAAUCUUAAUAAAAGUGAAAUAUCAAAUACAUUUAUGUGAAUUUUUCCGUAUUUAUUGUAAAAUAGUCGAUAUGUUGUAAUUCUGUAAUGAAGACAUAUACAUGUAUCAAUGAAGACACUGUGUAUUACAAUGAUUACAUGUAUUUCUUGUAUUUGAUUUUUUUUAAACAAUACAUUUUCAAAAAAUAUUUCAUUUUAUGAGACAUUUUUUUUAUUGAAUUCUGAUUUGCGCACCCAUGUAAUGACUAAAUUUUUUUUAUGUAAAAAAAGAACACAUUUUGUAACUAGUUAGAUAUAUUAAU